CCCAAAACAGGCAAGCCUCUUAUCAAGAGAUGGGCACAUCUCAAGUUUGUGCGUGAAUCAAACCCCAUCGUAGCCGUCCAUAUCUUCGUGUACUAAUCACGGGGCGAUUCGACGCCGUUAGAUUCACGCACAAACUCGCGAUCUGUCCUUCUGAAACAUCUAAUGAUUUCCCCUUUGCUUAUAUAUCGGGCGAAAGUUUUGUAAUCUUGUUUUUGGCGCCAGUUUGGUGAAUUCUCUGUUGGUUUCCCUCUCGAUUGUUUGAGAAAAAAGACGGGAAAUUUUGGGAAAUUAUUUUCAGAUGGCUUCUGGUUCGGAGGAGGGAUCAGGGUUUCCGGCCGACGAUUAUGAGUCGUUGAUAGCGACGACCGAUGUGGAGCUGUUGAAGAGGGCGUGGAGGAACGAGAAGGCUGCUCCCGAGACUCUCCAUUUUCAAACUAGAGAACAGAUCCAGUUGAUGUUCCGGAGCCACGGUUGGACACCUUUAUCUUCUGCAAAAGCAAAGGAUCUAUCGAAGCUUUCCAGCUUGAUGACAGCAAAGAAGUGGUGGACCUGGUUGCUGAUGAUUUAUACAUUCUUCGUUACAACUCAGUAAAUCCACUCAUAGAAAGUGGCCAAAUUGAUUUGGUGUAAGCCACUAAGCGUCUUUUAGCACAAAACAGAAAUUGUAGUUACAGUGUGCUAUUCAAAAUUCCAUCAUCCAUGCCUUGGGUGUUUGAUUAAACUACCGCAGAUUGUUACCAUAUUGAAGAGGACUGUGUACCUUUUUUUUUUUUUUUUAAGAGAAAAUAUAUAUAAAAUUAUCUAUAAACAUCGUGAUUCAGCUGGCUA